AUAUAAAUAUAAACUGGCAUUGGAGUUUUAUCUCAGGCUACACAUAACAUUUUAUUUAGCUUUAUUGUAUAUAUGUGUGUGUGUGUGUGUGUGUGUGUGAGAGAGAGAGAGAGAGAGAGAGAGAGAGAGAGAGAGAGAGAGGUAACAUUUUUAAAGACAAGUGGCCCUAGGGAAAUUUAAAAAUCUCAAAUAAGUCCAAUUUACUGAAGUGUGGGAAUUAAAUUAUUCUGUAUUUAUUACUUAGUAUUUAUACAUAUAAUAGAAUUUAACUUUUUCCAAAAAAAAAAAACAACCCACUCUGUGCAUUUUGAUUUUACGCAUUUGCCUACAGGCAGAACCUUUAAAACUCUUGUUUAAAGUCUAGUGCAAAUGUAUCCCAGUAUAACUGCUGACUGAAAUGUAUGGGAUAUUAGCUAGCAGACUAAGGUUAUCCAGGGCACCCUGAACUGGGUGCUAGUCAGCCCUGAACACCCCUUUUAAAAGCUCUGUUAAAGUUGCAUGAUUCACUUUCAAACAGGCUUGUAAAUCAGGAAAUGAACUUGAAAAAUAUCUGACCGCCAGAACUCCAGCUCAUUUUAAUAUGGGGCUUGUGGAGAACUGUGGCCAGAGCCAGAAGGUAAAAGCCAAAGGGCUUUCAGGCUGUGGGCUGCAUUUGAUGUGCACAAAAGAAUGGAAGCCGUAGGGUGUCUCUCAGAGAAGUGUUCAGUUUUCGACUUACCCACAGUGGGUGUCUAUUGUCCUAUUUCUCAAUUGAAUGAUGUCAUGUUUCAUUUAAGGCUCUCUGUGAUGCUGAAGUCUGUGGUCUAUGCACGAUGGGGGGAAGGCAGCCAGAAAGUUGCGAAUCAGGUUUUUUGUAAAGCCUUUGUGUGUCGGGUUUGAAAGAUAAAAGCUGACUCAUGCAAUAUUUCAGUGCAAGACGGUGCACAGACUAGUAAGGGCUUCUUGUCUUACCUGACUGAGCGCCCAGUGCAGCCGCUGCACCAGCUGAAGACAGCCGUGUUCAGCCUCGGUGGAGAGCAGAUGGGCACCGCCGUUUGCAGCUGGAAGUACCAUCAGCUGUAAGUCGAGUUCCAGAUCCAAGGACCACAACUGAACCCUCUCAGUGCCCAGAACGAAAAACUAUGGAGCUUUCCGACAGUGACCGACCCAUCAGCUUCGGCUCCACCUCAUCCUCGGCCUCCUCCAGGGACAGCCAUGGUUCCUUUGGCAGCAGAAUGACUUUGGUUUCAAAUAGCCACUUGGGCUUAUUUCACCAGGAUAAAGAAGCUGGGGCCAUAAAGCUGGAGCUGGUACCAGCGCAACCAUUUUCCAGCAGCGAGCUGCAGAAGGACAACCCCGCCGGGCCACCAAACAUGGAUGGAGUCGGUGAGAAGCAGCCCAGGGCUCCGUGGAGAGUGGACACGAACGGCACACCGCAAACCACUGCAGACUCGGCCACCAGCCCCAAGCUCCUCUAUGUGGAUAGAGUUGUACAGGAAAUCCUGGAGACAGAGAGGACCUACGUGCAAGAUCUAAAAAGCAUCGUGGAGGAUUACCUGGCAUGCAUCCGGGACCAAACCAAACUUCCCCUGGGGACUGAAGACAGGGCGGCUCUUUUUGGAAACAUUCAGGAUAUUUACCACUUCAAUAGCGAACUUCUUCAAGAGCUGGAAAACUGUGAAAAUGAUCCUGUGGCCAUAGCAGAAUGUUUUGUGUCCAAGAGUGAAGAGUUCCACAUUUAUACCCAGUAUUGCACCAACUACCCAAGGUCUGUGGCUGUGCUAACUGAAUGCAUGAGGAACAAGAUGCUUGCCAAGUUCUUCCGGGAGCGCCAGGAAACUCUGAAACAUUCACUGCCCCUAGGGUCCUAUCUCCUGAAACCAGUUCAAAGGAUUCUCAAAUAUCAUCUCCUUCUACAUGAAAUAGAGAAUCACCUUGAUAAGGAUACAGAAGGCUAUGAUGUUGUGCUGGAUGCUAUAGACACAAUGCAGCGAGUGGCCUGGCACAUCAACGACAUGAAACGGAAGCAUGAGCAUGCUGUCCGCUUGCAGGAGAUCCAGAGCUUGUUAACUAACUGGAAGGGGCCAGACCUUACCAGCUAUGGGGAGCUGGUUCUUGAGGGAACCUUCCGCAUCCAGAGGGCCAAAAAUGAGAGGACGCUCUUUCUCCUGGACAAGCUGCUGCUCAUCACAAAGAAGAGAGAGGACACAUUUACAUACAAAGCUCACAUCCUGUGUGGCAACCUCAUGCUUGUGGAGGUCAUACCAAAAGAGCCUCUCAGCUUCAGUGUCUUCCACUACAAGAGCCCCAAGCUUCAGCACACCGUUCAGGCCAAAUCCCAGCAAGAAAAACGCCUCUGGAUUCUGCACCUGAAGAGGCUGAUUCUGGAGAACCACGCAGCAAAAAUCCCAGCUAAGGCCAAGCAAGCAAUUCUUGAAAUGGAUGCCAUCCACCAUCCAGGCUUCUGUUACGAUCCUAAGGGAGAGGUGAAGACACCAUGUGGUUCAGCACCACAUCGGCUGAGGCGGAAGUCAGAGCCUUCCUCUCGAUCACACAAAGUGUUGAAGACCAGUGAAACCGCACAAGAUAUCCAGAAGGUUUCUAGAGAGGAAAGCUCUUCCCAGCUAACUUCUGCCGUACCUGCCCAGAGGAACCGCCAGCCCGGCAACGCUGCAGUCCUCAAUAUGCUUCGCGGGGGAGGCAGUGUUAGAGGCCUGUGGAUGGAUCACCACAUCCAGCAGCCCUUCUUUCCAAGCCGCCGGACUCCACAGGAGAAUGAGGACGAUGAUGAUGAUUACCAGAUGUUCGUCCCGUCCUUUUCUUCCUCGGAUCUCAACUCCACCAGGUUGUGUGAAGAGAACACUUCAAGCCGCCCUUGCAGCUGGCAUCUGGGACUGAUUGAGCCCACAGAGAUCUCCAGCUCUGGUCACAGGAUAGUCCGACGGGCCAGCAGUGCUGGUGAAAGCAACGCCUGCCCUCCUGAAGUAAGACUUAGGGACAGUGAUGGCUCCCAGUACUGUCCAGGGAGAGAAAUGCAGAACAGUCCUCAACCAGGAGGACAGGGAGGGAUGACUCCCUUUGGGUCAUCCGUAGAGUUAACUAUUGAUGAUAUAGACCAUGUCUAUGAUAACAUUAGUUUUGAAGACUUAAAGUUAAUGGUUGCUAAGCGGGAUGAAACUGAAUCCUCUUUCUCCAAAUCAUCCAGAGACUCUGUUCGCCCCAAGAGCACCCCAGAGUUAGCCUUCUCAAAGAGACAGGCUAGCCACAGUACAAGCUCUCUCCACUCAAAGAAAGAGACAGCCUCCAGCGGUCAAGAGGCAUCCAACCAAAGCAUACAUGAACACCAGGAAGUGGAAGAAAACAUCUAUGACACCAUAGGUCUUCCAGACCCACCAUCGCUGAACUUUCAACGCAGCAGCCUUCAGCAGCCCAAACGGAGCACCUUCCUGGGUCUGGAAGCUGAUUUUGCAUGCUGUGACAGCCUGAGACCAUUUGUCUCCCAGGAUAGACUCCAGUUCAGUGAGGAUGACAUAUCUUACCACCAGGGACCCUCGGAUACUGAUUAUUUGAGUUUGUUAUAUGACUCUCCCCGCUGUAACCUGCCUAUUGCAGAUAAGACUCUGUCGGACAAAUUGUCUGAAGAAGUAGAUGAAAUCUGGAAUGACCUGGAAAAUUACAUCAAGAAAAACGAAGACAAGUCGAGAGACCGUCUCCUUGCAGCCUUUCCAGUGAGCAAAGAUGAUGUGCCAGAGAGGCUGUAUGUCGAGAGCACCCAGGAGCUGAGCAGAGAUGCAGGACGUGCCACAUCUAUGCUGGCCCUGCCCGGAAGCCAGACUUUCCUCACGCCUGGGGAAAGCAGGGUUGUCAGAGCUAGCAGGGCCAACUGCUCCCUGGAGGAUGACCUUAUUUCAACAGAAGGCUCCUUCCUAAGUCUUAACCAACUCUCUCUGGUCAGUGACGAGCCUUCUGAGGACAAUCCCUAUGACCUGGCCAGCUGCAGCCUGCCCCAAACAGACCCGGAAAACCCUGACCCUAGGAUGGAGAUCACAGACAAGACCAAGAGCAGGGUCUUUAUGAUGGCCAGGCAGUAUAGUCAAAAGAUUAAGAAGGUAAAUCAGCUUUUGAAAGUGAAAAGCCCAGAGUUGGAGCAGCCACUGUCCAGUCAGCAUAGGCCCAUUCACAAAGAUCUGGUGGCCAUCUUGGAAGAGAAGAGGCAAGGAGGACCUGCCAUUGGUGCCAGGAUCGCUGAAUAUUCCCAACUGUAUGACCAGAUUGUGUUCAGAGAGACACCCCUUAAAUCUCAGAAGGAUGGCUGGACCAGCACCCAAGAACCCGCACUCCAUAGGCCUGCAUCACCUCCCCAGGUCCAGGGCGCUGGUGAGGACUGGCUUUGGCAUUCGUCCUACAGUAACAGAGAGGUGGCAGAUUUCUCUCCCCAGACAGAGCAAGACUCAAAAUCAAAAUACCCCGUCACGUUAGAGAGCAUCACAAAAAUUAUGCCCAGACAGUUGUCUGCUGCUUGUUCAGUACCUUCUCUCCAAGGGUCGGACCCUCUGCUGGGCUCUGUGCAGCAGCGAUGCAGCGUAGUGGUUAGCCAGCCCCACAAAGAGAACUCCGGUCAGGGUCAUCUUUACAACUCGCUGGGUCGCAAAGCAAUCAGCGCCAAACUCCAGCCAUAUAGUAGACCCCAGUCAUCUUCCUCAGUCUUGAUCAACAAAUCUCUGGAUUCCAUCAACUACCCCAGUGAGACAGAAAAGAAGCAACUGCUCUCUUUACAAAAAAGUCCCAGAGGCGCGAGCCAGCAGGACUUGCUGUCGGGGCUGGCGGACUCAUGCCAACAGGACACAGGCAAACAGUCCGAUCUCACGCUGCAAGACUCACAGAAGGUUCUGGUGGUAAAUAGAAAUUUACCCUUAAGCGCCCAAAUCGCGAGCCAGAACUACUUUUCUAAUUUCAAAGAGACCGAGGGAGAUGAAGACGAUUAUGUGGAAAUCAAGUCAGAAGAGGAUGAAGUGAGACUGGAUCUCUCUCCAAGGCGGAACAGGAAGUCUGACCCAAAGAUCCCGGACCCUGACUGUUCUGAUAACAUCUGUCGCCACAACACGCCUUACUCUUUGAAAGAGCCAGUGAGUGGCAGACUUGGGCUUCCUCCUUACCUGACAGCAUGUAAGGACUCUGAUAAACUGAACGAUUAUCUGUGGAGGGGGCCAUCACCCAAUCAGCAAAACAUUGUCCAAUCUCUGAGAGAGAAAUUUCAGUGUCUUAGCUCAAGCAGCUUCGCCUAGGUUUCUAGAACUGUCCGAAUUAGCUCCUUAGCAAGUUACCAAUACAAAUGAGAUUGGUUUUGCUGUAUUUUUUUUAAAUAUAUGCCAGUUUAAAACAAUUUUGUAAUAACAAGAGGGUAAAUGUGCUUUCCUUUAUAGCACAACUCUUUGAGUGGCUGACCAUGACAAUUACCCCUCCACAUCCUGACAGUAGCACCCACUUUUAGAAUACCUUCUCCCCACAUCCCAAGGAGUUCUAUACUGUGACUCAGAGGCACUGCAAGUGAGUCUCUCUCACGGUUUUCAAAAAGAGAAACUAGAGUUAUUUAAAGAAUUAUGCUUAUAUGCAACACCUCUAUAUUCGUGACAAGACUCAGAAUGACACAUGCCAGGGACCGCUAGAUAGCCUUGUCAUGUAUUUUAAGGAAACCAUGCUGGUGUCCCGAUCCCAUUUCCUUGAGAUGCCAACAUGCUGUGACUAUUGAAAAAGUUUAAAAAGUUAAAAUGUAGCCCUAGUACUGACUUGCUCUUAGGAAAAAAAAACAGUUUUUACUUGUGUUCCAGGACAAGGCCCAGACGGUGUGCCACUACUUAGGAUAAUUCUACAAUUUCUGGGGUAAAAUAAACUCUUUCAUGGCUUAAAGGAAGCCAGUCUUAAUAAAAUGCAAGCCAAGUUGAUUAUUAGAUAAGACAGGGAGAGUUCUGGAAACACCCUACUUCUUCAUAUUUGCAAGAGAAGCAGCAUCGCCCCUGUAAAAACAACAGAACAAAACAUCCCGCUGGACGGACUACUGUAGAAACCUGUCUCUUACUGAUAGAGAGUAAAAAUGCACUUAAAUGACCCAUCUAGAGCAGUUCUUUGUAGACACUUCCUUGAGCUUGAACUUUCCUGAGCUUGCCCUACUGGAGGAGUCCUUGCCAGUAAUGGGCAAGACUGUACUUUCUAAACAGCUGGUAACCCAGGGCCUCUCUCAAUGUUUUGGAACAUAUAGAACAGAGACUCUGGUAGCUGGGUUCCAACUAGUAACUUUACACUGUCCUUACGGUCUCACACAGCACUUCCCCGUGACAACACGCAGGAUAGAUAGGAACAGAGGAUGAAAAGCAAGGCGCUGUGAUACAAAAGAAAAAGAAACAAAGGCGAGUUUGAUGCUACUUCAUAAAAGCAUCUUAUUAAAGACUCCGUGAGUGUCCUUUCUGUUCCCAUUUUAUACCAUGAAACAUUCUGGACUCUUCCCUCACCCACUCAGUCUCCAUUUUAACAUUUCUUUUUAUUAGAAUUAAACAAUCUGUUCCAUUUAAAAAGAUAUGACAGUAAGCAUAGAGAAAGAUGUCUGGCCUUUCGUGUAAUGGUAAGCCAUAGCUUCCCACAAUUCUUUCUCUCUCUUUAAUUCCUAUUCCCUUUUAUUCUUAACUGGACAACAUAAAAAAUGUGGCCAUCUUUAUGUCCCAAAUAUGCCUCUGAGGGUUUUUUCGUUUGGUUGGGUUCUUUUGUUUGUUUGUUUGUUUGGUGGGGGAGUAUUCUUGGGGGGUUUUUGUUGGUUUUGUUGUUGUUGUUGUUUCGGUUUUUUGCUUUUUUUGUUUUUUUUUUUUUAAGAAUUUCUUGUUUUCAACCCUGUACUCUUCCUGUCCAAAGUGUUUGAGGCUGAAGGAGACAUUUGGUGGUGGAGCCCUUGCCCAAUGGUCUGAGAACCUUGACUUUUCCCCAGCACUGAAUGAUGUGGCUCUGAAAACAUUCCCCCCUUUUCUCCAUUGCUUCUUUAAAACAUGACAUAAGGUUUCCAGAUCAAGCAAUAGCAAAAAAGAUUAGAACGCUGUCCUUCGAAUUUGCUAGACAAGUAUGAACAGUUGUAUCACUUGCUUUUGUUUGCUUUUUUUUUUAGUUACUUAACUCUUAUCCAAGAAUGUAGUUUCCUGAUUUUUUUUUACUUUUAGUUUAAAUGAACCACAUUCCAAUACAGUUCAUGUUACUGUUUUGAGUCUCAGAAAUUAGCAAUUCUUCACACCAGUGUUUUGUCACAUGGUUUGGUGUCACCUGCAAAGGAGAAUGUCAUGUUGUACAAAAUAUCUUAUGUAAGUGGUCCUUUAGGUUCUAGGAUAAAUCUGUAGCUUUCUUGAUCAUGUUUGUAGACCAAGCUGCAGACUUUGAGAGCCUGUGUCUGUGUGUCUGUGUGUCUGUGUGUCUGUGUGUGUGUGUGUGUUUAUGCAUGCACACACCCUUAGAUGCUCCCUCAAUGUUAUCAAUCUAGUGCUUUUGUUUAAAAUAGUUUCUUCUGAAGGUGGGGGUGGGGAUGUAUAUAAUUGGGAACAUUUUCUGUACUUAAAUGUCCUUAACUGGGUUCCUGUACUGAAGGUCCCAUCAUUUUUUUUUUUAUAAGUUCACUUUUCACCUACUUUUUUUCUUUGUGGCGGGGAAAGCAAUGUGUCUUGGAAAACAUAGUUUAAAUACUGUAUAUAAGACAAUGAAAGUUAGUAAUGUCCAUUAUUUAAUAAAGUUUGUAAACUGGAAAGUAAA